AUGAUGGACGAUCAUGAUUCCGAUGAUUAUGAUGAUAAUGGAUCCGAAUAUGAAAAUGUUCCCGAUCAAAUUCAAGAAUUUAUUCUCAAUUUAAGAAAAUCUAUUGUUGAUCGAAAUGUUUAUGAGAUUCAAGCUCUUUAUGAAAAUAAUUUCAAUAAAUUGACCGAAAUGUAUUAUAAAAGUGAACCAUGGCCAAGUGAAAAUGCUGUCAGAAUGAUCAUCGAUUCAAAUGAUAAGGAUGAUUUCAUUUUUCUCAUUCUUUACAAAGAUCUUUAUUUUCGUCAUUAUUAUUCAUUGGAUGCCGAAGUACCGACCGAAAUUCGAUUGAAAUCAUUUUUUAAUUAUUGUGAAUUAUUCAAUUAUAUUCUUUCGAAAAACACUGAACCAUUGGAAUUGCCCAAUCAAUGGCUUUGGGAUAUAAUCGAUGAAUUUAUCUAUCAAUUUCAAUCGUUUACAGCUUUCAAAGCUAAAGCGGCCGAAUUAUCACCAGAAGAUAAGGAAAACAUUAACAAACCGAAUGUUUGGAAUGUUCAUGCCGUAUUGAAUGUUCUUUAUUCAUUGGUGGAUAAAUCAAACAUUAAUCAACAGCUUCGUGAAUUUAAUAAUGGACGUGAUCCGGAUCUUGUUGCUGGUGAAUAUGGUCGUCUGAUUUUUUACAAAAUGCUUGGCUAUUUUAGUUUGAUUGGCUUACUAAGACUUCAUUGUAUGCUUGGUGAUUAUUAUUUGGCCAUUAAAGUUUUGGAAAAUAUUGAUUUAAAUCGUCAACAAUUGCAAAGUAUGGCUAUAUCACGUGUAUUGGCUUGUCAAGUGACAACAUUCUAUUAUGUUGGUUUUGCCUACAUGAUGAUGCGUCGAUAUUCCGAUGCUAUUCGUACGUUUUCAAAUAUUUUGGUCUAUAUGCAACGUACAAAACCGAUUUAUAAUUAUCGAACAUUUCAAAUGGAAAUGAUUGAAAAACAAACUGAUCGUAUCUAUCGAUUAUUGGCCAUUUGUUUAGCAUUACAUCCACAACGUAUUGAUGAAAGCAUUAUGAAUCAGGUGGAGGAAAAGAUGCACGAUUCAUUCAUUAAAUUACGUUCUGGAGAUAUUAAAGAAUUCAAAAAUGUUUUUAAACAAUCAUGUCCAAAGAUUGUAUCAUUUAUGGCUAAUAAUAUUUCGUAUCGACAUCAGAUAAAAAUUUUCCUGGAAGAAGUAGAACAGCAACAAAAAUUAUUGGAAAUACGUAGUCUAUUAAAAUUUUAUACAACAAUGACUAUUGAAAAAUUGGCAAGCAUCAUUGAAAUACCUGCGGAAGAAUUGAAUCGUUAUCUUCUUUGUUUCAAACAUAAAAUGCAAAAUUAUUCAUCAUCAUCAAAACAAUUGGAUGAAUUUCAAUCCGGUUCAGAUGUUGAUUUCUAUAUUGAUAAGGACAUGAUUCAUAUUGCUGACACAAAGGUGGCACCACGUUAUGGUGAUUAUUUUCUACGACAAAUUUAUCGUUUUGAUGAAUUAAAUCGAGUCGUUAGCAGCAUUGUGGUUUGAUGACACAACACAACCAUUAAUUUCAUUAUUUGUGACAUGAUCAAUCGGAA